GUCUUCUAGCAUCUGAAGGAGUUGCUGCUCUCGACUGUGCACCACGCGCUUGUUAUCGCCACUCCCACCUCCCUCCCCCUUUCUUCGCUUUUCUACCUCUUUCUACUGUUGUUUUUGAAGAUUCCAACAAGGUACCGUGAACAUGGCGGCCCUCACCGACGAGCAGAUUCGCGAGGCCUUCAACCUCUUCGACGCGGACGGGUCUGGCGCGAUUGAUGCGGAGGAAAUGGCCCUAGCAAUGAAGGGCCUCGGCUUUGGUGACCUGCCGCGCGACGAGGUGGAGCGCAUUAUCCGCUCCAUGAACACCGACGCCAACGGACUCGUAGAGUACGGCGAGUUUGAGAGCAUGAUUAAGUCCCGCAUGGCACAGAAAGAUUCCCCUGAGGAGAUCUUGAAGGCGUUCCAACUCUUCGACCUGGAUAAGAAGGGUAAAAUUUCCUUUGCGAACCUGAAGGAGGUGGCGAAGCUGCUCGGGGAGAACCCCGGCGAUGACGUGCUGAAGGAGAUGAUCGCCGAGGCGGACGAGGAUGGCGAUGGCGAGGUCUCGUUUGAGGAGUUUAAGAGCGUGAUGCUGCAGAUGCGCGGUAAGUAA